ACCACACUGGAGGUUAGGGGAGGAAGGGGGCAUCAGGUGGCGCCUGCCGAGGGUGCAGAAGCCCCAGAGCCCAGCAUGCCGAGAGAGCAGUUCCCACUGUGUCGAUGCAGGUUUGACCCUGAGGCUGGUGAAUGGCGGUGACCGGUGUCAGGGCCGGGUUGAGGUCCUGUACCAAGGCUACUGGGGCACCGUGUGUGACGACAGCUGGGACAUGCAGGAUGCAGAUGUUGUCUGUCGACAGCUCGGCUGUGGCCACUCUGUAUCAGCACCAGGAGGGGCCCACUUUGGCCAGGGCUCAGGGAACAUUCUCUUGGGAGCUGUACACUGCUCAGGAUGGGAACUGUAUCUGUCCAGCUGCCAGCACGAUGGGUGGUACAACCAUAACUGUGGCCACAGGGAAGACGCUGGAGUCGUGUGUUCAGAAGCCUCAUGGAUGACCACAGAAGCAGAGACGACUACUCCACCGCCUACUACCACACUAAUAGGAACGGAAUCUCCUUUGGCUCUGAGGCUGGUGAAUGGAGGAGACAGGUGUCAGGGUCGCGUGGAGGUCCGGUACCUGGGUUCCUGGGGCACCGUGUGUGACGACAGCUGGGACACCAAUGACGCCAACGUGGUGUGCAGGCAGCUGGGCUGUGGCUGGGCCGUGUCUGCCCCAGGCAAUGCCCGGUUUGGACAGGGCUCGGGGCCCAUUGUCCUGGAUGACGUGGCCUGCACAGGACAUGAGCCCUAUUUGUGGAGCUGCUCCCACCGAGGCUGGCUCUCCCAUAACUGUGGACACCAGGAGGAUGCUGGAGUCAUCUGCUCAGCUUCUCCAGGAAUCUAUACCACACCUGCAGAGACGACUACUCCACCGCCUACUCCCACACCAAUAGGAACGGAAUCUCCUUUGGCUCUGAGGCUGGUGAAUGGAGGAGACAGGUGUCAGGGUCGCGUGGAGGUCCGGUACCUGGGUUCCUGGGGCACCGUGUGUGACGACAGCUGGGACACCAAUGACGCCAACGUGGUGUGCAGGCAGCUGGGCUGUGGCUGGGCCGUGUCUGCCCCAGGCAAUGCCCGGUUUGGACAGGGCUCGGGGCCCAUUGUCCUGGAUGACGUGGCCUGCACAGGACAUGAGCCCUAUUUGUGGAGCUGCUCCCACCGAGGCUGGCUCUCCCAUAACUGUGGACACCAGGAGGAUGCUGGAGUCAUCUGCUCAGCUUCUCCAGGAAUCUAUACCACACCUGCAGAGACGACUACUCCACCGCCUACUACCACACUAAUAGGAACGGAAUCUCCUUUGGCUCUGAGGCUGGUGAAUGGAGGAGACAGGUGUCAGGGUCGCGUGGAGGUCCGGUACCUGGGUUCCUGGGGCACCGUGUGUGACGACAGCUGGGACACCAAUGAUGCCAACGUGGUGUGCAGGCAGCUGGGCUGUGGCUGGGCCGUGUCUGCCCCAGGCAAUGCCCGGUUUGGACAGGGCUCGGGGCCCAUUGUCCUGGAUGACGUGGCCUGCACAGGACAUGAGCCCUAUUUGUGGAGCUGCUCCCACCGAGGCUGGCUCUCCCAUAACUGUGGACACCAGGAGGAUGCUGGAGUCAUCUGCUCAGCUUCUCCAGGAAUCUACACCACACCUGCAGAGACGACUACUCCACCGCCUACUCCCACACCAAUAGAUUGGUGGACAACAACUCCUUAUUUUGAUUGGUGGACAACAUCUGCCCCUGUUUACAACGCCUGUGGAGGUUUUCUGUACCGCCUCUCUGGGAACUUUUCAAGUCCACACUACCCCUGGAACUAUCCCAACAAUGCCAGAUGUGUGUGGAACAUUCAGGUCCCCAGCAACUACCGAGUGACUGUGUUCUUCCCAGAUGUGCAGCUUGAAGGAGGCUGCCACUAUGACUAUAUCCUGAUUUAUGACGGGCCCGAACACGGCUCUCCUCUCAUUGCUCGGGUUUGUGAUGGGUUCAACGGAACUUACACCUCCACACGAAACUUCAUGUCUGUAGUCUUCAUCACCGACAGCAUUGUCACGAUGAGAGGGUUCCAGGCUCGCUACUACUCUACCCCUGUCACCGUCAGCCCCACUCCUCCAUGGCUGUUCCCGACCACUGUUGAUUGGUGGACAACAUCUGCCCCUGUUUACAACGCCUGUGGAGGUUUUCUGUACCGCCUCUCUGGGAACUUUUCAAGUCCACACUACCCCUGGAACUAUCCCAACAAUGCCAGAUGUGUGUGGAACAUUCAGGUCCCCAGCAACUACCGAGUGACUGUGUUCUUCCCAGAUGUGCAGCUUGAAGGAGGCUGCUACUAUGACUAUAUCCUGAUUUAUGACGGGCCCGAACACGGCUCUCCUCUCAUUGCUCGGGUUUGUGAUGGGUUCAACGGAACUUACACCUCCACACGAAACUUCAUGUCUGUAGUCUUCAUCACCGACAGCAUUGUCACGAUGAGAGGGUUCCAGGCUCGCUACUACUCUACCCCUGUCACCGUCAGCCCCACUCCUCCAUGGCCGUUCCCGACCACUGUUGAUUGGUGGACAACAUCUGCCCCUGUUUACAACGCCUGUGGAGGUUUUCUGUACCGCCUCUCCGGGAACUUUUCAAGUCCAAACUACCCCUGGAACUAUCCCAACAAUGCCAGAUGUGUGUGGAACAUUCAGGUUCCCAGCCACUACCGAGUGACUGUGUUCUUCCCAGAUGUGCAGCUUGAAGGAGGCUGCCACUAUGACUAUAUCCUGAUUUAUGAUGGGCCCGAACACGGCUCUCCUCUCAUUGCUCGGGUUUGUGAUGGGUUCCACGGAACAUACACCUCCACACGAAACUUCAUGUCUGUAGUCUUCAUCACCGAUGGCAGUGUCACGAGGAAAGGGUUUCAAGCUCGCUACAACUCUACCCCUGUCACCGUCAGCCCCACUCCUCCAUGGCCGUUCCCGACCACUGUUGAUUGGAGGACAACAUCUCCCCCUGAUUACACCUGUGGAGGCUUUCUGACCCAACUCUCUGGACGCUUUUCCAGCCCAUACUACCCAGGGAACUAUCCUAACAAUGCCAGAUGUUUGUGGAACAUUGAGGUCCCCAACAACUACCGUGUGACUGUGGUCUUCAGAGAUGUGCAGCUUGAAGGGGGCUGCAGCUAUGAUUACAUCGAGAUUUUCGAUGGCCCCCACCACAGUUCUCCUCUCAUUGCCCGGGUCUGUGAUGGGGCCUUGGGCUCUUUCACGUCAACAUCCAACUUCAUGUCGAUUCGCUUCAUCACUGAUAACAGCAUCACUCGAAGAGGGUUCCAGGCUGAGUACUACUCAGAAUCCGACAACACCACCACCAGUCUCCUUUGUCUGUCCAAUCACAUGCAAGCCAGCGUGAGCAGGAGCUACCUUCAGUCCUUGGGCUAUUCUGCUAGGGAUAUUGGCAUUCCUGGUUUUAAUGCAAGUUACCGGUGUCAGCCCCAGAUAACACAGCAGCAGGUCACAUUCACUAUUCCCUACACAGGCUGUGGCACUACCAAACAGGUCGACAAUGAUACCAUCAACUACUCCAACUUCCUCACAGCGGCUGUUUCAAAUGGCAUCAUCAAAAGGAAAAGGGACCUCCACAUCCAUAUCAGCUGCAAGAUGCUUCAGAACACCUGGGUCAACACCAUGUACAUCACCAACAACACCGUCGAGGUCCAGGAAGUCCAGUACGGCAAUUUCGACGUGAACAUUUCCUUUUAUACAUCCUCCUCCUUCUUGUACCCAGUGACCAGGAGCCCAUACUAUGUGGGUCUGGACCAGAAUUUGUACCUUCAGGCUGAAAUCCUCCAUUCUGAUGCCUCUUUGGCUUUGUUUGUGGACACCUGUGUGGCUUCACCACACCCCAACGACUUCACCUCUUUGAAGUAUGAUCUCAUCCGGAGUGGAUGCGUAAAGGAUGAAACCUACUGGACCUACUCCUCGCCCUCGCCUCGUGUGUCCCGCUUCAAGUUCAGUUCCUUCCACUUCCUGAACCGCUUCCCCUCAGUGUACCUGCAGUGUAAACUGGUGGUGUGUAGAGCGUACGACGCCUCCUCCCGGUGCAACAGGGGCUGCGUGGUGAGGUCCAAGAGGGACGCAGGCUCCUACCAGGAAAAGGUGGACGUUGUCCUCGGACCCAUCCAGCUGCAACCCCUCAGCAAAGACAAGAGGAACCUGGAUUUGGCAGUGAAGGAUGCGGAGAAGCCAGCCAGCUCCCAGGCAGUCUAUCCCAUGGCUGCCAUCUUUGGUGGAAUCUUCCUGGCCAUGGUCCUAGCUGUGGCAGCCUUCACACUGAAAAAGAGGAGACACAUUGCCCGUGGCCAACCUCUAAGCACUAAGAUGUGACUCAAAACACACCCAGACAUUGGCUCCACGAGCACAGAUUCCCAGAAAAGGUGGAAGAAAUGAGUGUGCAAUGCUUGGCACUCACUGUGACUAGGUUUUCCUUGUCACAAAUGCAUGUCAAAGCACGAUGAAAUGGCAGAGGAGAAUGGUGGUGGUGGGCAUUCUCCCAGAAUCUAAAGAAUGUCAUAGGAAAAAGAGAGCAAUGUCUACAAUCCCACACAACUGUGAGCAGACAAUGGUGGCAGCUGGGCUUUCUCUAGAUAGAACUUCCCUUCACUCCAUGUAUGGCUGAUUUUCUCGAACUGUAGUGUCAAUAGCAGUCUUUUCUUACGACAUGGCAAACUAAAUAAAGAAGCUUUCUCAAGGCAA